AUGCUGCGGGAGGGUGCUGUGCCCUCUAGGCUCCAGCAAGGAUGCAUCUUGUUGCUGGCAGCAGCUCUCGUUGCGACGGGCGUUUCAGGCGGCCAAUGGUUCAUGGAAGCUGACUACGUCGUGUUUGGCUACCUGGACCAGGAGGAAUGGAGCGUGGAUUCUGGGUACACCGUGGGACAGUUCUGGGGUCUGGUGACGCAGACGCUGUGCCUGCCCGCGGCGGCGGUGGCCCUCAUGACCUUCGCUCUCCACUCCUACAAGUCUCCGGCGUGGCCGUCAUGGGUGAAGGCGGUGACGUACCUGUCGAUUCUCGUGAUUCUGGCAGUCUGCGCGUCUAUUGCCGACCAUAGGAUGACGGAGGGGUUGGUGGACUGUUUGUGGAGCCUGUGCGAAGAAAUGUGA